AUGGCCGGCCACCCUUCCCGGAGCGGUAGCAAGCACGCCUCUGCUGUCGGCAGGGCAGAAACUUCCUGGCCGUUGCACAAGGAUUAUGUCUCUCUCGCCACGCUCUCCAAGGCACAUCUAACGACUCCUCGUCGUCCUCCUCCUCCUCCUUGUCCCGGUGCAACGGCCUCGGGUGCUAGUGUGGCCUACUUUGAUGUCUCCGAGGCAAGACUUCUCAAGACCCUGAGGCCCAUUCAGGCCGAGAGUCUACCACAAGUCCCAGCCAAGGCGCCAACGCUCUACGGCAGGACCAGCCGCCCCUCUCUUUUCCUUCCUCCCCCCAUCCCGGCCAAAAUCGCGCGACGAUCAACCCUGCGGCCAGUUCCCUAG